CAGGGAAAAACAGUGGUCAGCUGCCAAUUGCGAAGGGAAGGACACAAAGUUGCAAGACGUAGUCAUAUGACUUUAUGUAAUUCACAUAUAAACCAUGUACGGCUAUAAGAUGGCAAAACCUUCGAUGUCCUCGGAGAAUUUGAUGGAUCCAGAACACCAGACAAGGACUCAUGCUCCUGUCUCAAAAUGCCGGUACUUUUUGAUGGGUCUGGGAACAACCCUCUUUGCUACUGCUAUUGCAUUGGCUGUCUACCAGGCGACUAGUGAUCCAUUCCUUUUCAAGUCGGGCAAGACUUUCAAGCGUCCUCAGAUUGCAGCAGACCAGCAGGGCCUUCAAGAUCCUGUCAAAGAUAAAGGUGUUGUUGUGGCCUCGGGGUCAGUGCGCACAACCUGGCCAGAUCCUCCCCCACAUGACCAGGUGGCCAAGGUGGCCCGCUACAUUGUGCACACCUCAGACUGGGCUACUGUAGCAACAUUCUCCACCCAGAAAGUCACAGAAGGCUUUCCAUUUGGCAACGUUCUGAGCGUGAGUGAUGGUCCAAUUGACAAGUCCAGUGGAACCCCAUACAUGUACCUUACGCCACUCGACUUCACAGCUAUUGAUCUGGAGAAAGAUAACCGCGCUUCUCUCACAAUGAGUGAAGCUCAGUCUGACUACUGCCACAAGAAAGACUUUGACCCAGAAGAUCCCCGAUGUGCUCGCAUUUUAAUCACAGGUGAAAUUAUGAAGGUUGAGAAUGGAACAGCUGAGUGGGGCUUUGCUGAGGCUGCAAUGUUCUCAAGACACCCAAUCAUGAAGUCAUGGCCUACUGAUCACAAAUUUUUCUUUGCCAAGAUGAACAUCAUGAAUAUUUUUGUCCUUGACUACUUUGGGGGUGCAGCAAAGGUGGACAUCAAUGAAUACUUCAGUGCUGCUAUGCCCUAAGUUGGGGUAACAUUUUCAUCUCUUUCACUGUAACUUCAGUCCAUGAUUGGCUUAGAAGUAGCAACAGGAUGCAGUGAUGAUAUUCUGAUCAGUGGUUUUACUUAAGUUAUAUGUAACUUAGUAAUCAACUACAUUUCAAAAGUUAGUUAUCAGAUGCAGUACAGGAUGAUAUUGGAAACUCUCUUCAUCGGCAUAGGAAAGCUUGAAUUACCAUUAUGUUUUCCUAUAUAAAAAUAACUUGUUACAUGACCUGGCAUUACUCUCAUAAAUAAGGAAAUAUGAAAACUUAUUUUAAGGUGAAUUGAGCUACUCAAGCCUCAGAAUGUAUUGCAUGUAGGGAUUAAUCAUUAACCUUUUACUCUCUCAGAGCUUAGAUUUUGUAAUAGAAUUCGGGGGAGCUUGGAAUGUUAUUCUCAUUAUCUAUUUUAGAAGUUCAUUUAGCUAAUGUUAUACAUGUGAUGUAUAUGAUAUAUAUGUGGGUUUUUUCUUCCACUUCAAUUAUGUACUGGUGGAUAUAUCCCAGUGAGAUUAGUCUAGAGUAUUGUGUGUUUGACAAGAGUAUUAAGAAGGUGCAGACAAUUUUCAUCCUUCAAGUGGCACAUCAAGUUUUUCAUGUUUUUAUUCAGUUAUCAUUAUGCAUUAAUCAAGUAUAUGUUCUUGCUGAUAAUGUCUCAUACACAACAUGUGGACCAGGUUGGCUCGUGUCAUAGCAUAUUCUUUCCAUAGUUAUUUAGUGCUUCUACAUAUUUGCUGUCUCACCAGGGAAAUUGGAGUACAUAACUUUACAACUAUGGAAUUAAUUGUAUGUUAUUCUUCUCUUAUACAUGGUAUGUAAUACACUGUAUAUUACUUAUAUCAUACUAUGGUAUAUGAAAUAUCACUGUUAUAUAUGAUAUGUAUAUUUGGUAUAUAUAAAGCAGCAUAUCUUUGUAAUUAAUGAGCAUUUCAUAUGUUCCAAGGCAACAUGAUCCAAAUAGUGAAACUAAAGCCUUUCCUUUUGAAGUCUGCAUAUAUUUUUUAUAGAAUGAAUGUAAAGCAAAAAUCCUUAAAUUUUACUACUGUUUUGGAUAUAUAGAAUUAUAUAUAUAAAAAUAUAUUUUAUUUAUUUGAAAUAAGUAGUAUUGUGUAUGUAUAUUAUAGGUGAAAAGUACCCUAUGAUAGGAAUAUUUCAAUUUGUAUAAGAUGUUCACCUUUACAAUUUUCCUGGUCACAGCAAAUGUUCCUAUAGGGUUUCUCUGACUUAGGAUUACAGUAUAUAAACUAGAUUUAGAGCUCUUGCGAGUCUUUACUUGAGUUAGUCCAGGAGACUGGAUGAAGAACUGACGUUAUUGGCUGUGACUUUGUAUGAGAGUACUUGUCUCCUUCCUUGAUUUUUUUUAGAUUGACAUUUAUAAGGAUUUUAAUGCUUGUUUUAUAUUUUUGUGUUUUAUUUUGAUUAUGGUUAUUCAUUUUUAUAAGUGCUAUGGAAUGACAUGGUUUUAAAAUUGUAGUAAAAGAUGAAUGGGUUGUUGCAAGGUUUAAACAGAACAAAAUGCUUUGAGGUUUGUGUGUGCAUGUGCGUUUGUGUGUGCGUGUGUGGGUGCGUUCGUGCGUCUGUGUGUGCAUGCGUUCGUCCGUGUGUGUAGGUUUUUUUAUGGUGAUAUUUCACAGUAUCUCCUUUUAUUCUUAUAACCAUAUGAACAAAGGUUGUCAUCCAUAUCUCAUCCAAAUGAAAUAGAAAACUCACUUUAUUAUUUGCUCAUGUGGUUGGUGAUUCUUUUGCUCAUGUUGAAAUUUGAUUUUCUCCGCAUAAAUAUAUUGAUUUUUUAGGUUUUAUUAUAUUUACAUAUAUAUUUUUUGUAAGGUAGAUGGUGCUUAGUUUGCUUUGUUAUAGAACAGGGCAUUUCUUUUAUUUUAUUUUAUUUUUUUAUUUCAGUUUUUGCUUCAUGUGCUUGACAUUUUUUUUUUAGGGCUGUGCAAGUUUGAAUGAAAGAUCUAAACUCAUAUCUCCGUGAUAGUAGAAUAAUCAUAUCUCUGUAAAGCAGGACUUGACAAAAUAACAAUGCAUUUUCUAUAAGGCAACUGUUAUUGAAGGAGUAUUUAGAAGAAUGAAAAGGUGCAUAUGAAAAGUAUUGACAUAUGUGUGGGAAGAAUAAAGAUAUAUGCAUGG